AUGCUUUCACGUGUUGCUGCAGCUGUCAAGGCACCCCGCACACACAACCGUCGCCGCGUGACCGGAUCCUGCGGAAGGAGGAGGGAGGGAAGAGAGAGUGAGCCGCAGAGGACCAACAUGUCACGGCGUGUGUUUAAUUUCGCGAUGCUGCUGCUCCUCGUCACGACGAUGUGCUGCGCCACCUGUGGAGCUACGCCUGCAAAGGAGAAUGAUGGCAACAGUGAUUUAAGAAGUGUUCAGGAGCUGCAAUGGGUCGAUCUAUUAGUGCCGCAGACGACGCCGGUGCUGCCGGAAGGUGGAGGUACUUCGGGGACGAAGUGGAAUUCGUUUUUUGCACCUUCUCUUGUCAGUGCUGGUGGAGUAAUUGCUGCUUUUGCCGAAGGUUACGUGUAUGGCCACUAUGACACUGAUGAUGUAUUAAUUAAGCACUUUUCUUCUGAUGUUGUUGCGGAGUACAUCGACUCUUCGUGGGAUUGGUCCACUCUCGCUGGCAAGGUGAGGGAAAGUACAUGGAAGCCACACACCGUGCUUGGUACAACGGAUGGAGCAAAUAAUCGUGUGGGUAUUUUACUCAAUCCAACAACAACGACGAAGGGCAAUAAGGUGUUUCUUCUUGCGGGAAGCGUUGAUGUGCACAAUGAAAGUCGUGGGAAUUGGAAAGAGGGCAGAUUCGAACUAAAACUGGUUGUGGGUGAAGUCACGAAGCCUUCUGCGGGCGAAGGGCCAAGUGGAUGGAUCACAUGGGGCGAAAUCAAGUCUCCGUUCAACAAGACUACUUUAGCUGCUCAUAAAGUUAACUCGACGGAGUGCAUUGCUUCUGGUGACUCAGGUGUUCUGAUGGAGGAUGGCACGCUUGUGUUUUCUCUGAUGGCGAAGAGCGGAAAUGGUGACGUUUACUCCAUGAUCAUUUACUCGACGGACGACGGCGAAAAAUGGUCGCUCUCAACGGGUGUUUCCCCUGCGAAAUGCCUUAGACCCCGCAUCACCGAGUGGGAGGGAUCACUUCUCAUGAUUGUUGACUGCGAGGAUGGCCAGAGGGUGUACGAGUCGCGUGACAUGGGGACAACGUGGACGGAGGCUGUCAGAACACUCUCAGGCGUGUGGACCAAACCCCAACCAGGAGACUCCAAGAAAGGAAGCCUGCAUGUGGAGGCUCUCAUCACCGCGACCAUUGAGGGCAGGAAGGUCAUGCUGUACAUUCAGAGAGGGUACACCUCGGGGGAGAAAAGGGCCACUGCGCUCUACCUUUGGGUCACGGACAACAACCGCUCUUUUUCUCUUGGACCGGUUGCUACGGAGAAUGCUGUGAGGUGGGAGUUCGCCAGCAGCCUGCUGUACUCGGAUGGCAAUUUGCAUCUUUUACAACAGAGGGACAACGAUAAGGGAAGUGCCAUUUCACUUUCCCGCCUGACUGAGGAGCUGAAGAAAAUCGAGUCCGUCCUCAGUACUUGGUCGCAAAAGGACGUUUUCUUCUCCAAGUUGUCAAUACCCACGGCGGGUCUGGUGGCAGUUUUGUCCGAUGCGGCCAACAACGACACGUGGAGCGACGAGUACCUUUGCCUGAAUGCAACGGUGACUAACGCAAAGAAGGUCGAGGAUGGUUUGAAAUUGACGGAGCCUGACUCCGGGGUAAUGUGGCUUGUGAACACUCGGGGUGAUAAUGUGCGUCAUGUAUUCUUGAGCCGCAACUUCACACUUGUGGCGUCGGUGACCAUCGAAGAGGCUCCGAGUGAGAACACUCCUCUUCUGGGUGCGACGUUGGGUGACACCAAUUUCAAUCGUACCAUGGGAAUCUUGUAUACCGCGGAUAAAAAGUGGAUGACGAUGUUCAAUGACAAGAUAACAAUAAAAAGUGGCACUUGGGAGCCGAAGAAAGAAUACCAAGUGGCACUCAUGCUGCAAGGUAAAAUGGCCUCUGUGUACAUUGAUGGUGAGUCGCUGGGGGAAGAGGAAACGCUGUUAACAGGUGAGAGGCCACUUGAGCUCGCAUACUUUUGCUUUGGCGCGUGCGAAAUGCACAACUCUCCUGUGACGGUGACGAACGUCUUUCUGUACAACCGCCCACUGAAUCCCACUGAGAUGACUGCAAUCAAGGACAGGGUCCCCGUUUUGACGGGAGCUCCAGAAAAACAAGUGAAAAUUGCUCCUAAACCUGUCGCACCUGCUGUACCUGGCCCAGAGAAAAAUUCCGCAGCUUCAGCGGUGCCCAUGACAUUGGACCCCCAUGCGGUUGAAGAAGUGAGUGAGGGUGGAGCGGCAAAGAGGAAUACCUCUUGGACUGAGGGCGUACAAUUUGUUGUGCCAGAGGUGAGCUUGAAUUCUGCUGGGAGCGGACUGCUGCCAUCGCUGCUUUUGCUUCUGUUGGGACUGUGGGGGUUUGCGGCUCUGUGA